ACUGGCGGGAACCUGGUCUGUUUUGGCUCUCAACACUCUCUUGCUACUCUCUCGCUCCAAAACCCUCCAAACCCUUCGCCAUGAGCAACAAUGGCAAAACCCGAAAACGGCCGGCACCGCCGCAGCAGCCGUCGCCGGUGAACCCACCACCGCCCAAGCAGCGCGCCGCGUCUCAAGAAGAAGAGGAAUUUCUCGACGAGGACGUCUUCCUCGACGAAACCCUACUCGAGACCGAAGACGACCUCGUUCUCCGAGACAUCGAGCAGCGCCAAUCCCUCGCCUCCCGCCUCACCAGGUGGGCCCGCCCACCUCUCUCCGAUGCCUACAAGUCCGCCUCCAAAAGCAUCCUGUUUCAGCAAUUGGAGAUUGACUAUGUGAUUGGAGAGAGCAAUAGAGAAUUGUUGCCUAAUUGGUCCGGUCCUGCUGCCAUUAUCAGAAUAUUUGGGGUUACAAAGGAAGGACAUAGUGUUUGCUGCCACGUUCAUGGAUUCGAGCCAUAUUUCUAUAUCAACUGCCCUCCAGGGAUGGGACAUGAUGAUAUUCCUCGGUUUCGUCAGACUCUCGAGGCGAAGAUGGGGGAGGCAAACAGGAACAAUAAGGCAUCAAUGUUCAUUCGACGUGUUGAAAUGGUGUACAAGAGGAAUAUAAUGUAUUACCAGCAGCAGGAUUCCAAUCCCUUUCUCAAAAUUGUUGUUUCUUUGCCAACAAUGGUGGCCCGCUGCCGGGGUAUUCUUGAUAAAGGCAUACAAAUUGAUGGUGUUGGUGAGAAGAGCUUCAUGACAUAUGAAAGCAAUGUUCUGUUUGCUCUUCGAUUCAUGAUUGAUUGCAACAUAGUUGGUGGAAAUUGGAUUGAGGUACCUGCCGGAAAAUAUAAGACAGCAAAGAGUACAUCGUACUGCCAAUUAGAGUUCAAUUGCCUAUAUUCAGACUUGAUCAGCCAUGCUCCUGAAGGUGAAUUUUCGAAGAUGGCUCCAUUUCGCAUUUUAAGCUUUGACAUCGAGUGUGCUGGACGCAAAGGUCAUUUUCCUGAUGCCAAGCAUGAUCCUGUCAUCCAGGUGGCCAACCUAGUUACUUUGCAGGGACAGAAUCAGCCAUUUAUUCGUAAUGUUAUGACUCUUAAGUCAUGCUCCCCUAUAGCUGGUGCUGAUGUGAUUUCCUUUGAUACAGAAAGAGAAGUCUUGCUGGCUUGGAGGGACUUAAUCCGUGAGGCAGACCCAGAUGUCAUAAUUGGAUAUAACAUCUGUAAAUUUGAUUUGCCAUAUCUCAUUGAGAGAGCUGAGACUUUGGGAAUACCUGAAUUUCCAAUACUUGGGCGCAUCAGAAACAGCAGGGUUCGGGUCAAAGACACUACUUUUUCUUCAAGGCAGAUGGGAACCAGGGAAAGUAAAGAAGUAACAAUUGAAGGGAGGGUUCAAUUUGAUAUACUCCAGGUUAUGCAACGGGAUUAUAAAUUAAGCUCAUAUUCAUUGAAUUCUGUCUCAGCACACUUUCUUUCUGAGCAGAAAGAGGACGUUCACCAUUCCAUAAUAUCUGAUCUUCAGAAUGGCAAUGCGGAAACUAGGAGGCGACUUGCUGAGUAUUGUCUGAAGGAUGCUUACCUCCCGCAGAGGCUUUUGGACAAACUUAUGUUUAUUUACAAUUAUGUAGAGAUGGCUCGAGUCACUGGUGUUCCCAUCUCAUUUCUACUUUCCAGAGGGCAGAGCAUCAAGGUGCUUUCUCAACUUCUUAGGAAGGCUAAACAAAAGAACCUUCUCCUUCCAAAUGUCAAACAGGCUGGAUCUGAACAAGGAACAUAUGAAGGUGCCACUGUUUUGGAAGCAAAGGCAGGAUUUUAUGAAAAGCCAAUUGCAACUUUGGAUUUUGCAUCCCUGUACCCCUCAAUCAUGAUGGCUUAUAAUCUAUGCUAUUGCACCCUGGUCCGAUCUGAAGAUGUACGCAAACUCAACCUUCCUCCAGAAUGUGUGAACAAAACUCCAUCUGGAGAAACAUUUGUUAAACCGAAUUUGCAAAAGGGAAUUCUUCCUGAAAUUCUUGAAGAACUAAUAGCUGCUCGGAAGAGAGCAAAAGCGGAUUUGAAGGAAGCAAAGGAUCCGCUUGAGAAGGCAGUGCUAGAUGGUCGACAAUUGGCCUUAAAGAUAAGUGCAAAUUCCGUAUAUGGGUUUACCGGAGCUACAAUUGGUCAGUUACCAUGUUUGGAGAUAUCAUCAAGUGUCACGAGCUAUGGUCGACAGAUGAUUGAGCACACAAAAAACCUUGUAAAAGAAAAAUUUACUACUCUUGGAGGCUAUGAACAUAAUGCCGAGGUAAUAUAUGGGGACACAGAUUCAGUUAUGGUGCAAUUCGGUGUAAGUACUGUUGAAGCAGCAAUGAAAUUGGGAAGAGAAGCUGCUGAUGCUAUCAGUGCCACGUUCACAAAGCCUAUCAAACUCGAGUUUGAGAAAGUUUAUUAUCCAUAUCUUCUGAUUAGCAAGAAGAGAUAUGCUGGUUUGUUUUGGACAAAUCCAGAGAAGUUCGACAAAAUGGAUACUAAAGGCAUUGAAACAGUACGAAGAGACAAUUGCUUAUUGGUAAAAAACCUGGUAAAUGAGUGCUUGCACAAAAUACUGAUUGACAGAGAUAUUCCUGGGGCAGUCCAGUUUGUCAAGAACACUAUAUCUGAUCUUCUUAUGAACCGCAUGGAUUUGUCACUCUUGGUUAUCACUAAGGGUCUGUCAAAAACUGGGGAGGAUUAUGGAGUAAAGGCAGCUCAUGUUGAACUUGCUGAGCGUAUGCGCAAGCGAGAUGCUGCCACUGCUCCAACGGUUGGGGAUCGAGUACCAUAUGUCAUUAUCAAAGCUGCAAAAGGUGCCAAGGCUUAUGAGAGGUCAGAGGACCCCAUCUAUGUGCUCGAGAAUAACAUUCCUAUAGACCCUCAAUAUUAUCUUGAAAACCAAAUCAGCAAGCCACUCUUAAGAAUUUUUGAGCCUAUUUUGAAGAAUGCUAGCUCGGAACUUCUCCAUGGAAGUCAUACAAGAUCUAUUUCAAUGCCUACUCCCUCCAACAGUGGCAUAAUGAGAUUUGCAAAGAAACAACUCACUUGCCUUGGUUGUAAAACUCCAAUUAGCAAUUCAGACAGAACUCUGUGCUCACACUGUAAGGGAAGAGAAGCUGAACUUUACUGCAAAACUGUGGCUCAUGUUUCUGAGCUGGAGACUCUUUUUGCACGUUUAUGGACACAGUGCCAGGAGUGCCAAGGUUCACUUCAUCAAGAUGUGCUCUGCACAAGUCGGGAUUGCCCUAUAUUUUACAGGAGAAAGAAGGCACAAAAAGACAUGGGUGAAGCUAAAGUGCAAUUAGACCGGUGGAACUUCUGAGAUUCGCCUGAAAGAGUUCAUGGGCAAGAUAUAUAUUAUACUUGCAAAAGAUGAAUAUUUCAUGGGCAAGAUUAUUCCUCCUUGUUGAGUAUGGCAGAUUUUGGUCCAUUCUGCUGGCAAAGGAAAUUGUGAGUGAAGAACUGAAACCAAAGAUGAUGUGGAACCAGGAACAACUUUUGAAGAUCUCAACAUUUUCGUUUAACUAGUAUCUCAAUAUGGAAUGCAUGAAUGUCAUUCAAUGCAUCUUCUUUAGCUGAGAAGGUGACCAGUCUCGAUGCAUUCUAAUUUGCUCCUUUGUACCAACUUGCCACUAAUUCUAUAUCUAUAUAGUUUUCUAGUUGUAUUUUAA